AUGUGGACCUCCCGCCACGGUCCUGAGAAAGGGGAUAAUAACAUUACCAUCCAAAUCGCAAGAAACACCUGGGAGACUGAGGAUAGGCGGAAUAGGCUUGACCUUCAAUUGUUCCGAAGCUUCAAAUAUUUCAUGGGUCUGGGAACUACUAGGAACAUUCAUCGCGGCCUAGAUUUGGUUGUACAAGCUGCCCGUCAUGGGUGUCUUCGAUCAAGAGGGAUGGUAAAGCGGCUCUUCAAACUCUAUGGACAUGGGCUGGAUAUACAUGAUGAUACGUUACGGCAUUGGCUGCUCCAGGGAGCGUUGCAUGGUUCACUCAUUGCAUUACAAGACCUCGAAGAAAGCUAUCCUGACUCCGAGGAACAUCAUUUAGCGCAGCAGAAGGCUAAAUUCUCUUUCGCUCUCAAGUGGCCCGGCAGUCUCAACUAUCAAGAGCAUGUUCGCCCAGUUGUUGACUUGGCUGAUACUGCCUUGAUCAAUAUGCUGACCACAGAUACGCAUGUGCCUCAGGCCGAAGCAUCCCAUCUGCUCAAAACUGUUUGGAUCGGUGAAAAUCGACCAGACACGUGCAAUGGUGUCUAUACAUUUGGCGGACUUUUGCAUAUGGCUUGUCUCUUUGGAUUCGCCGAAGCCGUUAAUCCUCUUCUUGACGCCGGAGUGGAGGUAAAUAGCACCAACUCCUCGCGGACGUUACUGACCCCCUUACUUUGUGCCCUACGUCGGGGCCAUUACAAGAUUGCGAAGACACUCAUUGAAAGGGGCGCAGAUUGCCGCCCAGAUCUUGGAUAUCCUGCGAGAGAGGUUGACUGGCCCAGUCCACUGCAUUAUCUCGUAUACAUCCAGGAUGAGCACGAGGCGAUGAGGCUAGCUGAGACACUUGUGGCUCGAGGAGCGGAUGUGAAUUGGAUGUGCCCAGCGAAUCUGCUGGAGGCAUGCGAGCUUUGGCCGCUUGGAAAUUCUCUCUCUGUGACACCCUUGAGGUGGGCUAUUCUGCAUGACAAAGCGCAGCUGGCAAGAAAGUUGGUUCAACUUGGUGCACGUUUCGCCUCGGCCUCGUUCCAUGACAAUAGCGCUUGGGAGAAUGAAACACGGACAAGAAAAUGUCUUCUUCUCGAGGCUCCGUGUACCAACUGCGACAUUCUAUUAUUAUAUUUCGAACAGUUGACAUUGUACUAUCUACCACCGGAAUUUGCCCGCACUCCGCUCGGUCUGCUAGUCUCCGAGGAUGAUACACCACAUCGGCGCCUGCGUUUGGGCUUUGGCGACAUGCAUCAGAUCAUUAAAGCUCUUGAUCUCCUGCUUACCUUGCAGCCAGGCUAUGAAGAUGCAGUUCUAUGGUCCUCUAUCCGCCAUGGUCACCUCGCAAUUACUCGGCACCUCAUAGAAGGCAAGGGGUGGGAUAUAGAGACGUGCUACUUGGGCCUAAGCUGCCUCCAUUCUGCAAUACUAUAUGGGCAUAAGGAAGUGGUGUCGUUUCUCUUAGAGCGGGGUGCUAGUCCCACCGCCGUUACGGACUGUAGGAGGCUUACCGUCCUGCAUCUGCUUGGCCUGGUUCCACGAGACAAGGAAUCAGACAUGGACAUCCUGGAGCUGCUACUUGACUCCAACAUCCCGAUUGAUGCCACCGAGAGUUGCAACGGCUUAACAGCUCUCCAUAUAUCCGUGCGGAACCGGAAACUACAUAUGGUUCAGGCACUCCUUGACCGGGGUGCCAACCCUCUUAUUCCUGUUACUGAUCAGAUCGGUCUCCUGUCUGAGGGCAGAUCUGGCCUAUUUAAAGAUUGCGGGCCCAAACAGCACAAGAUAGUCGAGGACACUACGAUCCUCGGCGAAGUACUGCUACAAUGCAAUCAGGAUGCAUAUUACUCCCUCCAGUAUGCCGAGAAGCUCCUUCGCAUAUUGCUAGCUCACGCUGCCACAACUCAACCUUCCUUGCUCUAUAUAGAUCGUGCCAAGACUUUUACGAUUCUACACAUCAUUGCACUACUUCCAUUUGCGCAUCCAAAUCGGGUUUUCCGCUUUGUGCUUCGCCGUUUCCCCGAAACUAGCAUAAACGUGACUGAUUUGAACGGAGACACCCCCUGCAUUAUGCAGGUCUAUCCUGGCAAACAAACAACUUACGCGCCCUCCUAA